AUCAGUCUGUCCUGACUCAGCUCAACAGUCUCCAGUCUACCAACUGGUCUCUGUAACUUCAUCUUUGUCUCUGUGGUGUACAGUCUUCAGGUGAUGAUGGGGGUAUUGAAUCAUCUCUCUACUCUCCUCCUUCUCUCUCUCCUUCCUCCUGCUCUCUCUCAUGUAGUGGAGAAGUUCAGUGAUGUUCCACAGUGCAAUAAGUUCUUCCUGAAUGGGUCAACUCCAAAUCUCCCAGGUAUUUUGGUUGGUGGAGAAGUCCAGGACCAGAACCACUACAAGCUGAUUUGCCAAAAGUACAACACCAUCUACAGGUUUGCAACUCUCUACAACACGACCAACAGGAUCCCUGUGUUCUCAGCCUACACCUUCACUGGUAAUACAAGUCAACAAAAAAAAACUGAAAAAAAAAUAAUAAUAAAAAAAAAAAACGCUGGUCCUCCUACAGACCCCACUGGUGAUACAACGUGUACGGGAUCAAAUCAAAACAAAUCAACGUCGACCAAUAGACCAACCUGGAUGAUAGAACCCCAGCUUGAAGAUAUAAAUAUAAAAGAGAUGAAUACCCAACAUAAGAUGAAGAAGGUGCUUAAUAAAGAUAUAGAUAUAGAAGAGAUGAAUUUCCAACGUGAGGUGAAGAAGAUGCUUAAUAAUCGUAAAGUUAUAGUCAACCAGGCUGUGAACACAGACUACGACAAAAGCGGUCUGGACAGAGGUCACCUUUUCCCAUGUUCAUAUGCACCUGAUGAUGAUACCAAGAGGUCCACUUGCACCCUGACAAACGCCGUUCCCCAGAACGAAAACCUCAACCGAGUCAGAUGGUGUACAAUGGAGUGCAAAGUCAGAGAAUAUCUUGAGAAGAACUGUAAGGAUAACAACAACAAGAUAGAAGCCUAUGUGGUGACUGGAGCAGUUCCCAACAACAACAACAACCAACUGAACCACAGAGUGAACAUCCCAGAUCUCCUGUGGACAGCCUUCUGCUGUGAAACCAGUGAGAAGGACAAGUGGAUGGCCGUAGCACACUGGGGGGAGAACAAAGAGGGACUGAAGAACACAAAAGUAUUGGAACCCCAUAACUUGGCAGAACUGUAUGACAAGCUGAACAAGCGUUAUGGUAAUGGUGUCCAGCUGUUCCCAGAUCAGUGUCCAAAAGUUGAUCCUCCGAGAGCUCUUCCCCUCAAGGUUGGGGGGGAUGAACAUGAUCAUUGUGUCUAUGAUGAUGACUGUGUCUGUUCCUCUGUGGGGGUCAAAGGUUAUUACCUACCUGUUGUAUUUGUUUCUGUGCUGGUGAUGAUGAUGUAG